AUGAAAGGCUGUUUUUCAUUCGCCAGGUACGCACUCGUUCUCUUGGGAGUGCUAUCUAUCCACAUGUGCUGUGACCUGCAACGCGCGACUUGUCCAUACCCAGGUUGUGUGUUUCUCAACACCGAAAAGCCGUGGACCCUCCAGUGCGAUGCUUAUCGUGCGAGAGUGAGAGAGAGCCCGGGGAAAUGGCCACCAUAUUCCUACGUGAUCUGUCCCAAUGGUUUCACGCCUGAGCCGCCGCCUAGAAGAGGGAAUCUAGGAGUGGCGACUGAUUACUGCGAAUUCCACAAGGAAGAAGUCUUCCCUCGGCUAUUCAAACAUCGUUGGAUACCUCAGGACAAGUGCGAGGUGAGGCGGACAAUUAACACCUUUGUUUCAGCCGUCACAGGGGCACUUUCGGCAAGCGAAGACUUGGAACAGGACAUGUGGGGCCAAGGUCAGAGGGGUAUAGACUUCCCCAGAGUUUCAUUUGGAAGUGUUGAGUGGAAUCGACCGGCAUCGUCAUACCUCUAUGAGGAGCCCAUCUCACCGCGAACGGUUUCGUCAGCGAUAAUACCGAACCUUGGUCCCGUUACGGCUGGACCAGGAGAGCAUCACCAUCUCCGUCUUGCACCUCUACAGACUGCACUAGAUGAUGGGUUCUAUUUAGACUUGCCGAAAGAACUUCAAGCGUGCAAUCCGGCUGCAAACGAACAAAUGGGCAUAGUUGAUGGCGCGCAAGUUCACUCUACUUAA